AUUUUAUUUCAUUUAAAAUUUAAUCAUGGGUAUCCUGGAGAAAAUUCAAGAAAUUGAAAGGGAAAUUUCAAGAACUCAAAAGAAUAAAGCAACUGAAUAUCAUUUGGGUCUCCUAAAGGCCAAGAUUGCCAAGUUAAGACAGCAGUUGCUAGAACCAUCUGGUAAAACUGGACAAAAGGGGGAAGGGUUUGAUGUGAUGAAAUCUGGAGAUGCACGUGUAGCAUUGAUAGGAUUUCCUUCAGUUGGUAAGUCAACUUUAUUGAAUACAAUGACUUCAACCCACAGUGAAUCAGCCUCUUAUGAAUUCACAACAUUGACAUGCAUCCCUGGUGUUAUUGAGUAUAAUGGUGCUAACAUCCAGCUGCUUGACUUGCCUGGAAUUAUUGAAGGGGCUGCACAAGGUAAGGGGCGAGGAAGGCAGGUGAUUGCUGUAGCCAGAACUGCAGAUUUAAUUAUUAUUAUGUUGGACGCAACAAAAGGUGAUAUUCAAAGGGAGCUGCUUGAAAAAGAGUUAGAGGAGGUUGGAAUACGUCUAAAUACAAGGAAACCAAAUAUAUAUUUCAAGCAAAAAAAAGGUGGUGGAAUUUCUUUUAACUCUAUGGUGCCUCUUACAAAAACAAAUGAGAAAAUGGUGCAGCUAAUCCUGCAUGAAUACAAAAUCUUCAAUGCAGAAGUUUUAUUUAGGGAAGACUGUAGCUCCGAUGAGUUUGUUGAUGUGAUCCUUGGCAACAGGGUCUAUAUGCCUUGCUUAUACGUUUACAACAAGAUAGAUCAAAUAUCUAUAGAAGAGGUUGACAGAUUAGCCAGGCAACCUCACACUGUUGUUGUAAGUUGUAACAUGAAAAUGAACUUGGACUACUUGUUAGAAGAAAUGUGGGAACAUCUGGCCUUGUUGAGAGUCUACACAAAAAAAAGAGGGGAGCGACCUGAUUUUGAAGAUGGUUUAAUUUUACGAAGAGGUGCAACAGUGGAGCACGUGUGCCAUGUGAUACACAGAUCCAUAGCAGAAACUUUUAAAUAUGCUUUGGUUUGGGGCCAAAGUGCCAAGUACAGCCCCCAGAGAGUCGGCCUAAGCCAUUUUAUGGCAGAUGAAGAUGUCAUUCAGAUUGUCAAGAAGUAAAUGUCAAGAAGUCUUAUGUGAUGAUUGUGUGCUGUUAUUCUGUUGUUUGAAUGAACUGAAUACAUGCAUGUAUUAUAACUGUAUUAUUAUUUUAAUUCUAUUCAAGCUAUUAAAUACCAAUAGCCUAUCCAC